CAAAUGACGUCAAUGGCCAGCUUGUUUUCUUUUACUAGUCCAGCAGUAAAACGAUUGUUGGGCUGGAAGCAAGGUGAUGAAGAGGAGAAAUGGGCAGAAAAGGCAGUUGAUGCUUUGGUGAAAAAACUAAAAAAGAAAAAAGGUGCCAUGGAGGAACUGGAGAAAGCCUUGAGCAGUCCAGGACAGCCAAGCAAAUGUGUCACUAUCCCCAGAUCUUUAGAUGGACGCCUGCAGGUUUCUCACAGAAAAGGCUUACCGCACGUUAUAUACUGUCGUGUUUGGCGCUGGCCUGAUCUGCAGAGUCAUCAUGAGCUAAAGCCAUUGGAUAUUUGUGAAUUUCCUUUUGGAUCUAAGCAAAAAGAAGUUUGUAUCAACCCAUACCAUUAUAAGAGAGUGGAGAGUCCAGUCUUACCUCCAGUGUUAGUGCCUCGUCAUAAUGAAUUCAAUCCACAACACAGCCUUCUGGUUCAGUUUAGAAACUUAAGCCACAAUGAGCCGCACAUGCCGCAAAAUGCAACGUUCCCCGAUUCUUUCCAUCAGCCCAACAGCACUCCUUUUCCCUUGUCUCCAAAUAGUCCCUACCCCCCUUCCCCUGCUAGCAGCACAUAUCCCAGCUCCCCAGCAAGUUCUGGACCAGGAAGUCCAUUUCAGCUCCCAGCUGAUACUCCUCCUCCUGCCUAUAUGCCACCAGACGAUCAGAUGGGUCAAGAUAAUUCCCAGCCCAUGGAUACAAGCAAUAAUAUGAUUCCUCAGAUUAUGCCCAGUAUAUCCAGCAGAGAUGUUCAGCCUGUCGCCUAUGAAGAGCCCAAACAUUGGUGCUCAAUUGUCUAUUAUGAAUUAAACAAUCGUGUUGGGGAAGCUUUCCAUGCCUCUUCUACUAGUGUGUUAGUAGAUGGAUUCACAGACCCUUCGAAUAACAAAAGUAGAUUCUGCUUGGGAUUGUUGUCAAAUGUUAAUCGUAAUUCAACAAUUGAAAACACUAGGCGACAUAUUGGAAAAGGUGUUCAUCUGUACUACGUUGGUGGAGAGGUAUAUGCAGAGUGCCUCAGUGACAGCAGCAUAUUUGUUCAGAGUAGGAACUGCAACUUUCAUCAUGGCUUUCAUCCUACCACUGUCUGUAAGAUUCCCAGCAGCUGCAGCCUCAAAAUUUUUAACAAUCAGGAAUUUGCUCAGCUUCUGGCUCAGUCUGUCAACCAUGGAUUUGAGGCAGUAUAUGAGCUCACCAAAAUGUGUACCAUUCGAAUGAGUUUUGUCAAGGGCUGGGGAGCAGAGUAUCACCGGCAAGAUGUUACCAGCACCCCGUGUUGGAUUGAGAUUCAUCUUCAUGGGCCUCUUCAGUGGCUAGAUAAAGUCCUCACUCAGAUGGGCUCCCCGCUAAACCCCAUUUCUUCUGUUUCAUAGUGCAGAAGUAUUCUUUCUCAGUUAUAUUAUUAGUGGACUUGUUUUAAUUUUAGGGAAACUUCCAGUACAGAUACUGUGAGCUUACAUGGAAAACAGAUUUUACAGCUUUUUUUUUUUUUCUACAUAAUUGUGACCAAUACAUUUGUUUUUGUGAUGAAUCAACAUUUGUUUCUAUUCAUGUUCAUGUGAUGAACUCUCAAAAGUGUUGUGAAAGAUGCAGAGUAAGUAUUGUGCCCUGGUUCAAAAGU